CUCCCGGCGCGCGCCAGUUGAAGGGAUCCAGCCGCGGGAGCGGGCGCCGCCAGCUUUCCUCGGCGCGGCGGGAGGCGGCGGCCGUCGGGGACCCGGCACGGCGGGCUGAGGCGCUGCUCCCGCUACAGGGAGGCGGCGGCGUCCGGCGAUGGGGACCGAGCGGAGCCUCCGCGCCGGGCCGUGACCGCCGCGCCGCUGCCGCCGCCUCGGGCGCUCCCGGAGUGCCGACGCUGAUGAACAUGGCCCUGGAGCAGCUCUGCGCGGUCCUCAAAGUGUUACUAAUAACAGUACUUGUAGUAGAAGGGAUUGCUGUGGCCCAAAAGACCCAAGAUGGACAGAGUAUUGGGAUCAAGCACAUUCCUGCAACCCAGUGUGGCAUUUGGGUUCGAACCAGCAAUGGAGGUCAUUUUGCUUCACCAAAUUAUCCUGACUCAUAUCCACCAAACAAGGAGUGCAUCUAUAUUUUGGAAGCUGCUCCUCGUCAACGGAUAGAGCUGACCUUUGACGAACGCUAUUAUAUAGAGCCAUCAUUUGAAUGUCGCUUUGAUCACUUGGAAGUUCGAGAUGGGCCAUUUGGUUUCUCCCCUCUUAUAGAUCGUUACUGUGGCAUGAAAAGCCCUUCGCUAAUUAGGUCAACAGGAAGAUUCAUGUGGAUUAAAUUUAGUUCUGAUGAAGAACUUGAAGGACUAGGAUUUCGAGCAAAAUACUCAUUCAUUCCAGAUCCAGACUUUACUUACCUUGGAGGUAUUUUAAAUCCCAUCCCAGAUUGCCAGUUUGAGCUCUCAGGAGCUGAUGGAAUAAUACGUUCUAGCCAGGUAGAACAAGAAGAAAAAACAAAGCCUGGGCAAGCAGUUGAUUGCAUAUGGACAAUUAAAGCUACCCCAAAAGCUAAGAUUUACUUGAGGUUCUUAGAUUACCAGAUGGAACACUCAAAUGAGUGCAAGAGAAAUUUUGUGGCGGUGUAUGAUGGAAGCAGUGCUAUUGAAAAUCUGAAGGCCAAGUUUUGCAGCACUGUGGCUAAUGACGUGAUGCUGAGAACAGGAGUGGGGGUGAUACGGAUGUGGGCAGAUGAAGGCAGUCGGCUUAGCAGGUUCAGGAUGCUCUUCACUUCCUUCGUGGAGCCCCCCUGUACAAGCAGCACUUUCUUUUGCCAUAGCAACAUGUGCAUCAACAAUUCUUUGGUCUGUAAUGGGGUUCAAAACUGUGCAUACCCUUGGGAUGAGAAUCACUGCAAAGAGAAGAAGAAAGCUGGACUAUUUGAACAAAUCACUAAGACUCAUGGAACAAUUAUUGGCAUUACAUCAGGGAUUGUCUUGGUUCUUCUCAUUAUUUCUAUUUUAGUACAAGUGAAACAGCCCCGGAAAAAGGUUAUGGCUUGCAAAACUGCAUUUAAUAAAACUGGGUUCCAGGAAGUAUUUGACCCUCCUCAUUAUGAACUGUUUUCACUAAGAGAGAAAGAGAUUUCCGCAGACCUGGCGGAUUUGUCAGAAGAACUUGACAACUACCAGAAGAUGCGGCGCUCCUCCACGGCCUCCCGGUGCAUUCAUGACCACCACUGUGGAUCUCAAGCGUCCAGUGUCAAGGAAAGGAGGACCAACCUCAGUUCCAUGGAACUUCCCUUCCGAAAUGAUUUCGCACAACCACAGCCAAUGAAAACAUUUAAUAGCACCUUCAAAAAAAGCAGCUAUACUUUCAAACAGGCACAUGAGUGCUCUGAACAGGCUCUAGAGGACAGAGUAAUGGAGGAGAUCCCCUGUGAAAUUUAUGUCAGAGGGCGAGAUGAUUCUGCACAAGCAUCCAUAUCCAUCGACUUCUAAUUGUCAGCUAAGAGCAUUAAGUAUUAAGUAUGUGUAUGCAGCCUACACCAACACCCAUUCUGUCUCAACAACAAUCUUGUUCUGUCAAAAUUAGAAAGACCUUCAUAAUUUGUCAUAAUGCUGAUGAUUUUGUUAUCUCAGGCAAUCAAUGUGAAACCAACCAAGGAACUUAUCUUAUUCAGUGGAAAAAGUCAUCUUCCAUUGCUUGAUAUCUUAUCUACAAAAUACCACCAGUUCAAUAGCAGCGGAGGAGCGAGUGGUCAUAUUGAGCCAGGCUCAACAGCCUGGAGGUGUUGACAUCAGGGUACUAUUUUGGUUCGCACAGCCCCAUCAAUUUGAUCCCACAUUAAAUUUAAAAGUAAGAUUUUUCUUUAUAUUCCUUUUGUCUUUCCUUUCUCUGGUGUGUUUAUUUGCCUGUAGUUUUACCAUUCCCAUCUCCUGCAUAAGUGGGUAAUGUGUCACUUAAUUCAACAUUGGCAUGGAUUUGCUCUUAAAUGUGUAGAAUAUGGCUGGUCCUGUGAUGAACGGCAAUUUAAGACAGUCAUAUUUCAUUUCUCCGUGGAUCAUUUCUAUACUAUUGUCUUUAAUAGCUGCAUCUUUAGUCCUGUUUUCCUGUGGGAAGUAGUAGAUAAAAUGAUUUAUCACCUUUAAAUCAUGUUUCGUCUUAGUUAUACUAGAAAAGUAAUAAUCCCACGGUUUAUGAUUACCAGUUAGUCAUGAGUGGAAAUUUAAAAAAGAUUAAAAACGUGUAGCAACCUCUGAAGUUGUCCCUGUUGGGUCUCAUUCAGUGACAGACAUUCACCCAGGAAUCAGGGUCCUAGAACUCAUUUGUAGGCAGGCCUUUAAUUAUGGCUCCAUGCUGAGCUUCUUGGCCAAUCUAUGUCCCUGUCAUUGUUCAGAAAGAUUUAUUUGUUCUCUUGGUAUCGGUUUGUCUUUGACACAUGGUAACCAUAGUUAAUGGAAGCUUAAAGAAAUCCUCUGAGAAAUGUGUGAGCCUUUACAUAGCUUCUGCUUGGAACAGUGCAUUUUUCUAGCCAUUAUCAUCAAGAAUAGCAACUUCAACUUUUUUUUAAAAGCACUUUUGACCUUAUGUUUUUUAAAGUAUAUAAAACAAUAAUUUAUAAACAUGAUAUCAAAACUCAUUGUGUUUUUUAGACUUUUGAUAUUAUUUGAUACUGUACAAACUUUAUUAAACCAAGAUUUAAGACAUACAAGACAGGGUUCAUAGUGACUUUGUGUAGAAAUACGCUGUGAUGAGACUGUACUAUAAACUCUUAUAAAGACCUUGGUCAUGGUGAUAUGUACAUAAGCUUUUUUUCUUUUGCUGCUGUAUCUAGUUGGUGAUAAGUUUUUCAUGUGUGAUAUUUAUUGUUCCAAAUCACAACAGAAAUCUUAUAUUAAAGUAUACAUUGUUACAUAAUCCUUCAAUUACAUUAUUUAUAGCAGGAAUGCUUUGGAUAAGCUGUGAAUGGGGAAGACUCAAUGUAUCUAAUGAUAACUAAUAUAAAUAAUUCCGUUUUAAAGAUGCAAAUUCUCAUUUUCUGUAUAUUUUCAAUGAAAUAAAAAGUUCAGGUUUCACUAGAUUUUAUUAAUUUUUUAAGUACUACGUAAAUCUGAUCUCAGAUUGCUAACAGCUGUGACCUCCAAUGUGAUCUACUUUAUGCCCAAAGUGUGUUCUCUGUACAACAUUUUUAUUUUCAAAAAGGAAAUUAUAUCAAUAAGAUAGGAAAACCUACAGUUAGCAUAAGCAUGAUUUACUUUUUUAAGUCAAUAAACAUUCCUGCUUCUUAAAAAUAGAACUUGGAAAAGUAAAAGAAAUUUCAAAACAUAGUAAUCACUAAACUAACUGUCCAAGAAAGAUUAUAUAACCAUGUUCUUUCAGUAACGAUUAAAUAGGCAUUUUAUUAGGUGACUUAGUGUCCCAGCAGCAUAGUAAAUACUUAAGUUGACAGCUGUGAUCUCAUAAAGAAAGAAAAAUUAACAUGCUUCCUAUAUGAAGUUAUACCCAUUAUAAAAAUAUUUGCCAUACUCAUCCUUAAUUUUGGGGUUGUAGAGCUUAUAGUAUGAUUUUAUACAUCAUUACCCCUUGUAACUAUCUUAUUUUUAACACUAUCCUAUUUUAAAGAAAUCUGAAGAGGCUUACAAAACACAGAUGUUUAUGGAAAACACUGGAUGCUACAACAGUAGAUUUGCAUGAUCUCAUGCAGUGCAGCCAAAAGAAGCUUAGAUGGUAAUUUGAUUCUAAAUUCUCUGACAACUAACCUGAAAGUUGUCACUUUUCAUGGUAAAAAUACUUGCAUUCAGAGGCUAAAGUAAAGCCAUACAUUUAGUAAUGGCAGGCAUGAAAUUUAGCCAUCUUAUCUGAGUUAUUACACCCUCAGAGUACUUACUCCAGUACUAAAAAUGCCUUCUGACAAAAAAUGUAAAGCAGGAAGGUGGUGAAGUCUCCAGUCAAGAGAGUACAAAGUACCCUAUAUGAUGUCACCUUCCCCACCUUCCAGCCCAGGGUUAGCACAAGCUGUCAGCUCCCAGUGGCCACAGACUACAACUCAUUCAUCCACUAUCUUAAAGACAUAGGAAUAAACUGUGCUAUUCCUUUUGCAGAGGAGAGAUAGCCAAUGUAAUUUUUUAACAAACCCAACAGAUACUCACAUUUCACCUGUAAAGGUCUCCUUUCGCCUUGACUUAACAGAGCCUUUGUCACUGUCCUAGCUGUUUUGUGUAAUUGCUAAGCAUUGAGGAACUGCAGUCGGCUCUGUAUGCUUCUGUCGUCCUGUCACUACCCAGUGAGGAUGCUUGCUUGCUUCCGGAGCAUGCCAGCUGCUGAGAGAAGAGGAGGAAGGCCUGGCUAUCAUCCAGGAAGCAGUCAGAGAUUACACUUUGUUGCAAAAUGCUGUCUGCUCUGUGUCCAUGUUUCUUUAUUGCAAAUACUAAAGGAAAUAUACCUAGUUCACAUUGAUUGUGGACAGAAGGAAAGGAGGAACUUUAGGUUUUGUUCUUUUUAAAGAUCCAAGAGAGACGAUAUAGUCUAGUUUUGCUAAAGAGAAAACCAAACCUAAAGGUGAGGUGGCUUCCUGUGUCUCUGAACUCCGAGCCCAGUGUUCACCCCUGGCUUCUUGUUCCCUCCCUGCUUAGCUUUUAAAAGUCACAAACUUGUAAACAUCAGCCUAGAUGUCCCAUGCAAAACUUGUUAGCUAUUCUUACCUAAAAUGUAAGCUGUGAUUACAUUGGGGUUCCCACCUUUCCCUUUUUAAUUUAUACACUGCUGUCCUGUCAUUUUUGUUACCAGGUUUUGUGGCACUUGCAAAAUAUGUAAGUUCUGUGAAUUCUUAAUAAACAGUGCUGAUUAGCAGCACACAGAGUGACGCCAAAGAGAAAGUGUCUGUGCUUUCUCUUUUGUAAUGUUUUAUAAGUUAAAAGAAACAAUGCACAUUACAGAAUUAAAAAUUGGGGUACAACAUCUUGAGUUUUGAAACUUAUUUGACUCUGAACCACUUUAAGAAAACAAGCUGACCUGGGAUAUCUUUUUAGCUUCCUGCACCAUCAAUUACUGUUUUAUAUACCUCUACUGGUGAUAAGUUCUUCUUUACUAAGCUUUUUAAUAUACUUUUGAUUAUAUUUCUGAUUGGCUUACUGUCUUAAAAAUCCCACCAAGCUAACAAUGAGGGUGCACGUAUAGUGAAUACUAUCUACACUUGUUUUUUUAAGCUGUACAUUUUUACCAGAGAUGCACUUCCAGAUCAUGUAAGAAUUCUCAUGUACUUCAUCCAUAUUUGGCACUUUAAACCAUUUAGCCUUUGAACUGCAAAUAAAAACUCCUGUUUUGGUUUU